AUGUCUCCGACAUUCCUUGCUUCUAUGGGAUUAUUUGAAAACCAGCUAUACCAGCCUGUGACCAUGAAAAUCUACGUCGGACUGCUUAGUAUUAUGCUAUUGGCAAUUGCUGCUGAAGCCGCACCUCUCACGGAAGAGCGCCAGGCCCAGCAUGAAUCUCGUCGGCUUGCCCGUUUGAAAAAUCGCGAAAGUCAUCCUCCUUACAAAAUUGGUACCAAUGAGAUCCUUCGUCUUAAUAAAACAUCAAAAAUUGAGUACAGCUCCAACUGGGCUGGUGCUGUUCUGAUCGGUGCCGACUACACUGCCGUUACAGCAGACUUUAUCGUUCCAAUCCCGCAAGUCCCCAAUUAUGGGGACGGAAAUAAACAGUACUGUGCUUCUGCAUGGGUUGGCAUUGAUGGAGACACCUGUGGUACGGCGAUUUUGCAAACCGGUAUUGAUUUCUGCGUCCAGGGCAGAUCGACGUCCUAUUCAGCGUGUGAUAUCAAUAUUUCGGCUGGCGACCUUGUUAGAAUGACCGUGGAUGCUACCUCAAAGACAUCCGGCGCUGCCACGGUUGAUAACAUAUCGACCGGUAGAUCCGUGACUCACACAUUUAACAGCGGCAUUCAGGGGGAUCUUUGCGAAUACAAUGCGGAAUGGAUUGUGGAGGAUUUUGAAAUCAAUAAUUCUUUAGUUCCAUUGGCAAAUUUUGGGACUGUCACUUUCCUCAAUUCCCUGGCGAUCGAGAGGAAAUCAGUCGUUGGGCCAUCCGAUGCAACGCUCAUCGAUAUCAGGCAAAACAAUAGAAUCCUGACGUCAAGUUCUGUUGACCGCAAUAGCGUUACGGUGAAGUAUGUUAUGUGA